CCUGUUCGUCUUCUGGUGGGUUUCAGGCCAAAAUCUCAAUCAUCAAAAAGAUAAGAAGACACUGAAAAACCUGUUCAGUGGAGAAGAUAAUGGGACAAGAAGAGGAGGAUUCAUCAACAGUGUCCAGUGGAAGAGACGAAGAAGAAGAGCCAUGGAACCUCAGGAAGCAAACCCUAAUCCUUCAAGUUUCUCAGAGUCUCAUCAACGGAGAUCUCCAAACCCAAAUUCAAGCUGCCAGAGAUAUCAGAAAGCUCGUCAGAAAAUCUUCUGCUAAGACUCGCUCUAAAUUCGCCGCCGCCGGUGUCAUUCAGCCCCUCGUUUUUAUGCUUCUUUCUUCCAACCUCGACGCUCGCCAGGCCUCUCUUCUCGCUCUCCUCAAUCUCGCAGUCAGAAAUGAACGAAACAAGGUCAAGAUAGUGACAGCUGGAGCCAUUCCACCACUUGUGGAACUUCUUAAGCUCCAGAAUAAUAGUUUAAGGGAAUUAGCCGCAGCUGCAAUUUUAACGCUCUCAGCUGCUGAACCUAAUAAGCCAACCAUUGCAGCUUCAGGAGCUGCACCUCUUCUGGUUCAAAUUCUGAACUCUGGGAGUGUUCAAGGAAAAGUUGAUUCUGUCACAGCACUACACAACCUCUCUACCUGCCCUAAGAAUUCUCAUCCAAUUGUGGAUGCUAAGGCCGUUUCCCCACUCAUUAAACUCCUCAAAGAAUGCAAGAAAUAUUCAAAAUUUGCUGAGAAAGCAACAGCUCUACUUGAAGUCAUUUCCAGCUCUGAAGAAGGGAGAACUGCAAUCACAGAGACAGAUGGUGGGAUUUUAACUCUAGUAGAGACAGUUGAAGAUGGAUCACUUGUUAGCAUGGAACAUGCAGUUGGAGCCUUGCUCUCUUUGUGUCAGAGCAACAGAGAAAAAUACAGGGAACUUAUUCUUAAAGAAGGUGCAAUUCCAGGGCUUCUGCGAUUAACUGUAGAGGGAACCUCUGAAGCUCAAGAAAGAGCUCGAACACUCUUAGACCUUCUCAGAGAUACUCCUCAGGAAAAGAAAUUAGCAUCCUCAAUAUUGGAGAGAAUUGUUUAUGACAUUGCUGCAAGAGUUGAUGGCUCAGAUAAAGCAGCUGAAACUGCCAAGAGGCUUCUGCAGGACAUGGUUCAAAGAAGUAUGGAGCUCAGCAUGGACCGAAUCCAGCAUUGCGCUGCAGCUUGUACAUCUUCGAUUUCAUCCACUUGACAUAUCCAGUUGACUUGAAGACAACAUUAGCAAGUAACCCGGGUUAGAGUUUUAAUCUGAAUCUUUGUUUUGUUGGCCAGUUAAAACUCUUGCACCCUUUUGUAUUGUAGAUCACCAUUAAAGGAAGAUGAACGAACAAAACUGGGAGUAGAUUUCACUGGAGAAUACUUCCUUGAGGUGAUAUCUUAAUUGUGACCUCAACAGUGUGCUGUACAUCCCUCGUGUGUAUAUAUAUAUGUAUAUGAAGAGUCCUUUUGCUAGCGACA